AAAUUUUUCGCUAGCAUCAAUAAUUGAUUAAUACAUCGGCCGACACUGGAGGAUAGAACUCACAGAUAAGAGACUACUUGUUCAUUCGAUGUAUUAGUGUUCAUAUUCAUAUUCGUUGAUCCAGUAAACACGUGGUCUUGUGAUUGCUGACAGUUCUACACGUGCUUUUAAGCUACAAUAAUAAUUCGUACGCAAUAUGACUUCGAACGAAAUGGACGUAGACGAAGAGAAUGAAACGAAACCGAAAAACUUCCACGAAUUUGAAUUGGACGACAGGAUUUUAAAGGCUAUCGCGAAAUUAGGUUGGUUCGAGCCUACGUUAAUACAAGAAAAAGCUAUACCACUGAUGCUCGAUGGAAAAGAUAUUUUAAUUCGAGCUCGUACAGGAUCGGGGAAAACUGCCGCAUUUGCUAUUCCAUUGAUUCAAAAAAUUUUAUCAAACAAAAGAACGCAGAAGACGCAAGAAAUUAAAGGGCUCAUAAUCGCUCCAAGUAAAGAAUUAUGCAAGCAGAUUCAUGACGUUAUAUUAAGUUUAACAAUAAAGUGUAGCAGAGAAGUUAGAGCUGUUGAUGUCAGUCCACCAGUGGACAUUAGUGCACAGAAAUUGUUGUUAACAGAGAAGCCUGAUAUUGUUAUUGGAACACCAAGUAAAUUACUGCAACAUUUAAAAGCAAACAAUAUGAAACUGAAGAAGUCUCUUGAAACUUUAAUAAUUGACGAGGCUGAUUUGGUGUUUUCAUUUGGAUACGAAGAUGAAGUGAAAAGUCUAUUGAGUUAUUUACCAAUCGUAUAUCAGGCUGCUUUAGCGUCUGCAACAUUGUCAGAAGAUGUGAUAACGCUUAAGAAGUUGGUGCUGCAUAAUGCAGCGAUUUUAAAAUUAGAAGAGCCUCCGUUAGCUCCUUUAUCUCAAUUGUCGCAUUAUAGUCUCGCGGCAGAAGAAAAUGAUAAAGCUGCUAUUUUAUAUGCCUUGUUGAAAUUGAACUUAAUCAGGGGGAAAACUAUAAUAUUUGUAAAUACUGUAGAUAGGUGUUAUAAGCUGAAAUUAUUUUUGGAACAGUUUGGUAUACCUACUUGUGUAUUAAAUUCUGAGUUACCCGCAGUUUCGCGAUGCAGAGCGGUUACUCAAUUUAAUUCCGGAACGUACGACAUUAUAAUAGCAUCGGAUGAAAAAUCAUUGGAAGAACCACAUCUAAUAAAAGUUAAAAAAGGAAAACGGAAGAAGGAUAAGGAAUCUGGUGUGGCGCGUGGUAUUGAUUUCCAGUUCGUAUCCAAUGUAAUUAAUUUUGACUUUCCUCUGGACGUGAACUCCUACAUUCAUAGAGCUGGCCGUACGGCUCGAGGAAAAAAUCAGGGAACGGCGUUAAGCUUCGUAUCAAUAAGAGAAAGACCUCUCCUGGACGAAGUUGAUUCAGAAUUAAAACACUGUUAUAAUCGCGAUAACUUAUUCAAGACGUAUCAAUUCAAAUUAGAAGAAGUCGAAGGUUUCCGAUAUCGAGCAAAAGAUGCAUGGAAAGCUGUUACCAGAAUCGCUGUCCGCGAGGCUCGUUUAAAAGAAAUAAAACAGGAGGUGCUUAAUUGCGAAAAGUUAAAAAGUUACUUCGAAGACAAUCCAAGAGACCUACAGUCAUUGAGGCAAGACAAGGCGCUGCACACUGUAAAAUUGCAGCCACACUUGAAAGAUGUGCCUGAAUACAUAGUACCACCGACUUUGAAGAGGCUCGUUGGUAUCGGUAGAAAAAGGAGGAAAUUUAACAGAGAAGCCGCGCAAUCAAAACCUACAGCUACGCGAUCGAAACAUCAAGCACGUGCAUCGAACCCACUUAUCAGCCUGCAAAUACAAAGUUCAAAAUAAAAAGGUUCUUGUACCAGAA